CUGGCCCUUUACCUUCGUACAAAUUUCUGGAUUUCGAAAAUAUGAUAUUUCAGUUGGUGUUGUAAAUCGGUAUUGUUUAAGGUGGAUUGCAUCGACUAGGGUUUAUCGUGUCGAUUAGGGUUUUAGGCGACGUGUGUGAUCUAUGAGUUAUCUAUUGUCGAUCCCAUAGAUUCCAUGUUUAGCCCGGUUUCCCUUGUGCGAUCUAACGUGGACGUUAUCUAUUGUCGAAUGAUGUUUAGAAAAAUGGGUAGUGAAGGGCAGAGAGAUCCAUUGAAAGGAGUUGAUUGGAAAGCAGUGGGGACAGAACUGCAGAAGGACCCGAGCGCAGGUGCAAAAGCAGUGGUGAAGAAGCGGCUACCGAAGAAGAUUAGGCAGAUUCCUGACUAUUAUUUCCUCCCAAGAAGGUCUUGGCCUUCUGCUCUUGCUUUCUAUGGAUCGUGUAUCCUUGGCGGCAUUGGCGCUGGUAUGCUUGUAGAGGUUUGGAUCAACCAGAAAGUUAAAGAGGAUGGAGGUGUCAUAUGGGAAUUCGACAAGUGAGGGAUUCAUACCUCAACUCCUUUCUCUGCUCUGCUCUAUAUUAAGCUGUAAAGCCGAUGUGGUUGAAGCCCUUCGAAUGGAGAGAAUUUCUCCUCUUCUUCUUUUUUCAAAAAAAAAAAAUUAAUAUUAAGCCUGUAAAUGUAUCCGCGUGAACCAAUCUGAUACAGUUUUUUUGGUUCAGAUUUUGUUUCCAUGUGUUCAUGUAUCUACCAAUACUAACUCCAAAACAGUUUUUCUGUCUAUUAAUCAUAUGUUCUUUUAUUGGUCACAA